ACCUGCACAGCUCACCACUGUGGGGAAACGCUGCUGCUUGUGGAUUCAGGACUUGUGCAUGGACCUGCAGAACCUGGAGCGGGCUCGGAAUGACCUGCGCUUUCGGGGUGUAAAAGGCACCACUGGCACUCAAGCCAGCUUCUUGCAGCUCUUUGAGGGAGACCACAGUAAAGUUGAAGAGCUGGACAGAUUAGUGACUGCAAAGGCAGGAUUUAAGCGGUCUUAUAUGGUCACAGGGCAGACCUAUAGUCGCAAGGUGGAUAUUGAAGUCCUGUCCGUGCUGGCCAGUCUUGGGGCAUCUAUACACAAGAUUUGUACUGACAUUCGUCUUUUGGCCAACCUGAAGGAGAUAGAGGAGCCUUUUGAGAAAGACCAGAUUGGUUCAAGUGCUAUGCCUUACAAGAGGAAUCCAAUGCGUUCAGAACGCUGCUGCAGCCUGGCUCGACACCUGAUGACUCUGGUGCUGGAUCCCCUCCAAACAGCCUCUGUGCAGUGGUUUGAGCGAACGUUGGAUGACAGUGCCAACAGGCGCGUGUGUCUGGCUGAGGCUUUCCUCACAGCUGACAUCAUUCUGAGUACACUGCAGAAUAUCUCCGAGGGACUUGUGGUAUAUCCAAAGGUGAUUGAGAGGAGGAUCCGGCAGGAACUGCCAUUCAUGGCCACAGAGAAUCUAAUCAUGGCGAUGGUGAAAGCAGGGGGCAAUCGUCAGGAUUGCCACGAGAAGAUUCGUGUUCUCUCCCAGCAAGCAGCUGCUGUUGUGAAACAGGAAGGGGGUGAUAAUGACUUCAUUGCCCGUGUCCGUGCUGAUCCUUACUUCAGCCCUAUCCAUAAACAACUUGAAAGCCUGCUGGAUCCCUCCUCCUUCACUGGACGUGCUCCUCUGAGUGUGGCAAAGUUUCUGAAGGAGGAAGUUCGACCAGCGCUGAUUCCAUACCAAAGCAAGAUGGGUGGGAAGAUUGAGCUGGCACUUUAG